GAAGGUCAAGGUGAGAUCAGAGUGUCAAUCGGGAAGGCUGAGUUGUUGAUGAAGGAGAGGUUCAGUCAGUUCCAGUCUCUCAUUGAGGAUCACGUGACUGGAAGGAGUGCCAAGGAGGUGACCUCACAAGACUUGCAAGGGUUCUGGGAUAUGGUCUUGUUUCAG